AUGGAGCGAUACUAUACUCUUGCAGAAGGAUGUCCCUAUGCCAGCAAUUCCACCUCCGUGCAGGUCCGCGGGGGUGGUGGCGGUCUUGGAUUGUUGCAAGACACGCAGCUCAUCGAGACUCUGGCUCAUUUCGCGCGAGAGAGAAUCCCCGAGCGAGUGGUUCAUGCCAAAGCUGCUGGAGCAUAUGGCGACUUCACUGUCACCAAUGACUGUUCCGACAUCACGUCUGCGAGUUUCCUGAACCAAGUCGGCAAGACGACUCCCGUCCUGUUGCGCAUUUCCACUGUUGGACCUGAGGCUGGCUCGGCCGAUACCGCACGCGAUGUGCACGGCUGGGCGAUGAAGUUGUAUACCGACGAGGGCAAUCUGGACUGGGUGUUCAACAAUACGCCCGUCUUCUUCAUUCGAGACCCGAUCAAAUUCCCCUCGCUGAACAGGUCGCAUAAGCGGAAUCCACAGACUCAUCUUCCUGAUCCGAACAUGUUUUGGGACUUUCAUGUUGGAAAUCCCGAAGGAUUUCAUGAACUUCUCCAUCUGUUCAGUGAUCGAGGAACGCCAGCCUCUCUCCGCCAUAUGAAUGCCUACAGUGGACACACCUACAAAUUUACCACAAAGGAUGGCUCGUUCAAAUACGUCAAGAUCCACAUCAAAACUACCCUGGGCAUCCGCAACCUCACCAAGGAAGAGUCGACCCAACUUGGAGGAGAGAACCCAGACUUCCUCAUCCAGGACCUCUUCGAAGCCAUUGAACAGGGCAACUAUCCCGUUUGGAAUGUCUAUGUCCAAGUGAUGGACCCUUCGCAGGCUGAGAAGUACCGGUGGAAUAUCUUCGAUAUGACCAAGGUUUGGCCGCACGAGGAUUUUCCCUUAAGGAAAAUCGGCAAGUUGACGAUGAACCGGAAUCCCCAAAACUACUUCACAGACAUCGAGCAGGCCGCCUUCUCGCCGUCCACGCUGGUUCCGGGCAUUGCACCAUCCGCGGAUCCAGUCCUCCAAGCCAGACUAUUCUCCUAUCCCGACGCAGCCCGGUAUCGGCUGGGUGUGAACUACCAGCAACUCCCAACAAACGCAGCCAAAGCACCAGUAUACUGCCCAUUCCAGCGAGACGGCCUGAUGAACUUCUCCAACAACUAUGGCGCCGACCCCAACUACGUCGGAUCCUCGCUGCAGCCGACCAAAUUCUACCAGGAGGUCAAAGGCAUUGGACCCAGCGCCCUCAGCACCUUGACCGAGCAUGAGCAGUGGGUGGGCCAAGUAUGUAGCUUCCAGAGCCACAUUACCGAUGAGGACUUUGUGCAGCCCACGGCGCUCUGGGAGGUCCUGGGCAAGGAACCCGGUCAUCAGGAGAGGGUUUUUGGCAACGUUGCUAUUCAUCUGCGCCAAGUGAAGAGCUCUAGGCUUCGCCAUGCUGUUUAUGAUUUGUUCUCGCGUAUUGCCCCGGACUUGGGUGCUGGCGUCCAAAAGGCAACCGAGGCCCUCGUUUCGUCCUGA